AUGGAUCGUCGGUACCCUCCUACGAGUAUGCCUCAAAACACUGACGGAAGUUACAACUGGGCGGAUUGGCCUCAAGGGCCUACAGUUGAAGGCCAAGGUUAUCAGCAAGCCAGUCCGUAUCAAUCCUUCGAUCAGUCACACUCUCCAAGCCCUGGAUACCCAGUGAGCCCCAAUACACAAGGACAGUGGAUAAAUCCAAGCCAGGCAGAACAAAUGGCUUAUGCAACAGCAACCACUGCUCCGCAACUCCAAGCCCAAAGUCUCCACCCAUACAGCCAACCAUCCCGGACUAACAUGAUGAACUACGCGGCGACUGACGCAGCCUGGGAAGACCCAGCGGUUAAGCAAAGCCCUAUGCCCUCUCCUGGUAUGGACUGGGAGUCUUGGAUGAGUCACUCGCCGACCCCACAAGACGAUGACGUUUCCACCAAUGCCUCUUACUUCGGAGACGAGGCUGUCGCAAGGAAACAUCCCUCCGUCCGUAGCCCAACGGGCAGCGAAGACAGCAGUUCAUCACCUGUAUUGAACAAGAAGAGAGAACGAGCACAACACAACAUCGUAGAACAUAGGUACCGGGAAAAACUGAACAGGGAGAUAUCACAACUCCGCAAUCAUGUUCCAGCCUUGAGAGAUGCACAAAGCAGCAAAGGCGAUUCACCUGCGAAAAUCGGCAAGUCCACAGUCUUAGUCAAAGCCGGCGAAUACAUCGAGAAAUUGGAGGAGGAGAACGAGAAACUGAAGAAGAGGAAUGAAAACCUAGAACGACACCUUCACCGCGCAGCGCACGAAAAGAAGCGCUGA